AUGGAGUAUUCACUCUUACUAUGUACUGGCAGGUGGUCGAAGAUUGCUAGCAAGCUCCCAGGUAGGACUGAUAACGAAAUAAAGAAUUUCUGGAACACCCAUUUGAGGAAGAAGCUCCUCCAUGAUGGUAUUGAUCCAAGAACACACAGACCUGUCUAUGAUCUGAACCUCCUCCUUAACCUUUCUCAAUUGCUGUCUACCCCAAACUUCAGCAAUUUGAUGAAUCCUUGGGGCAAUGCUCUUAAGUUGCAAACUGAUGCCACUCAUUUAUCCCAAAUCGAACUCUUAAAAAGCAUUUUGCAGUUCAUAAAUACAAGUCCACUUCCAAAUAUUGAUCAAACUAGUUUCUUGGGAUUACAGAACUAUGCCCAGAUUGAUGGAUUUUUGCAUGGGACAAACACCCUCCAUACAGUUGAUCAGCCCCAAGAACCCUUCCAUGGCUACAGUACUGCCAUUACAAGUUAUUCACAGGCUUUGUUUGAAAGGGUGUCAAGCCAAGAGGUUCUGAAUGCCAAUGGUAACAGCUUAAUCAGCACAGGUGAUUAUCAGACAGAAUGUCCACUUCCUGCAUUGGUUUUAGAUACUCCCGAAAGCACCAUUGUCAACCAAAUGGAAAACACAGAGCCAGCUUAUAUUUCUGCCCAUUCACCCACCUCCAACUUCUUUGAGGAUUGGGAAAAACUGCUGGAUGGUGAAGCCAGUAGUUCCUUCUGGAAAGAUAUUAUAGAUUGA